GUGAGCGCGGGGAAGUCGGAGAGUAACCGAGGUCAGCAGUGAAAUUGCCGGUUCCCUGUCAUUGCUCAGGGCCUGCACGGUGGAGGGUCCCGUGGUGCAGACCUGGGAGCGGAGGACACGGCGGGGGGUCGCGGGGACGCGAAACCUCCCCGGAGCCGCAGUCUCCGCGCGGGGCGGCCUGGGAAAGUCACCAGUCAGCAGCGCAGUGGCGGGAACCGCAGCCCGGCGGCCCUGGAACCUCCCAGGGCUAAAUGAUCACCCAGACCUGCUCACCUGUGCUGCAGAACAAAGUGGCCUGGAAGGAGAGAGGAGACAGUAGCUAAGGAUCCAGGCUAUCAUGCAGUACACAUCAUUGGUGUGAUUCAUAGAUGUCAUGGCUGGGUAGGACAGUUGUUUGGCUCCCUCCUUUGGAAGGUUACAUGUCACCUUCUGAUACCAUGAAAGCUAGUCCCCAGGGAAGAGGCUUUAAGAGGGAAGUGACCAUCUAUUCAUUGUUCCUGAAAGAGAAAGCCAAAGAAGAGAAACAGUUAGAAAUGGUUGAUUCUCCAGUAAUCACGUUUCAGGGUCUGUUGACAUUCAGGGAUGUAGCUGUGGACUUUCCCCAGGAGGAGUGGGAAUGCCUGGACUCUGCUCAGAGGGCUUUGUACAUUGAUGUGAUGUUGGAGAAUUACAACAACCUGGUCUUUGUGGAGAAUUAUUACAGAUGGGAUCCUGUUCAUAAACUUCUGAAGACAGAAAAGGAGUCUUGUCAGUGUAAUGACCUUGGGAAAGUGCUUUAUGACCCCUCCACAUGUGCACUUUAUAGAACAAGUCAAACUACAGAAAACUCUAAUAACUACACUUGCAGUAACCACAGGGAUGCCUCUACUGACUCAUCAAACCUAGAUAGACAUGAAAACAUGCACACUGGAGAAGAACUUUGCAAAUCUAAAGACCAUGGGAAAACUUUAAAUUUGUGUUCCAUCAUUACUCAAGAUCAAAGACUCUACACUGCAAAGGAGCACAGGCAGGGAGAAUAUGAUGACUAUUUUGCCUCUGCAUACGGUCUUUUGCAACAAGCCAUUCGAGAGACACCAUACCAAUGUGGAAAAUGCGGGAAAUGCUUCAGGACUGCCUCAUACCUCACUGAACAUGAGAGAAUUCAUACUGGAAUUAAACCCUACAAGUGCAAUGUUUGUGAAACAUCUUUUACCCUGCUUUCAAGUCUUGAUAUACAUCUAAGACUUCAUACUGGGGAGAAUCCUUACAGAUGCAAAGAAUGUGGAGAGUCAUUUCAUCAGUUGUCAGCAUUUCAUAGCCAUCAGAAGUUGCAUAAUGGAGACAAACCUUACAAAUAUAAGGAAUGUGACAAUUCCCCUGCCCACUCUUCCACUCUCAAGAAACAUCAGAAAAAGCAUAUUGUUAGGAGAAAUUAUAUUUGUCAAGAAUGUGGCAAAGUCUCUCAUAGUCCUUCACACUUUAAGGAUCAUUCCAGAGUCCAUACUGGAGAGAAGCCUUUCAAAUGCAAUGAGUGUGACAGAGCCUUUCCCCACUAUUCAUCAUUGAGUAGGCAUAGGAAAACUCAUAAUCCAGAGCAAAUGCACAAAUGUAAAGAAUGUGGUAAGUCCUUUCUUGAAUUAUCAUAUCUUAAAACUCAUUACAGAAUCCAUACUGGUGAAAAGCCUUUCAAAUGUAAGGUAUGUGACAAAUCCUUUACCUACCACUCAGCCCUUAAAACACACCAGAAAGUUCACACUGGGGAGAAGCCUUACAAAUGUAAGGAAUGUGAUAAGUCUUAUACUAGAUUCUCAUCUCUAAGAGCACAUCAGAAAAUUCAUACUGUAGAGAAACUUCACAAAUGCAAAGACUGUGACAUGUCCUUUAUUGAUCUUGCAAGUCUUAUAAAACAUCAAGGAGUUCAUACUGGAGAGAGACCUUACAAAUGUAAGGAAUGUGACAAAUCCUUUACCAGUUUCACAGUUCUUAAAAGACAUCAGAUAGUUCAUACUGGGGAGAAACCUUACAAAUGUCUGGAAUGUGACAAGUCCUUUACUCAGGAGUCAAAUCUUAGAAGACAUCAGAGAGUUCAUACUGGAGAGAGACCUUUAAGUUGUAAAGAAUGUGACAAAUCUUUUACAAGGUGCUCCUACCUCAGAGCACAUCAGAAAAUUCAUAAUGGAGAGAAACCAUACAAAUGCAACGACUGAUAUAUCCUUUAUCCUAAUUCUGAGUCUUAGAAGAUAUUAGAAAAUUCAUACCGGAGAGAAACAUACCAUUGUAAAUGAUGUGACAUAGCAUUUUCCAGUUCUCUGCUUUCAGAUCACAGCACUACAAAAUAGAAACAUAAACUUGUGAAAAUCUUUAAUGAAGGUUUACAUCUUAAAAAAUAUCCUAGAGUUUAUAUUAAAUAAAAUUCUGCAAAUAUAAGAGUGGGAAAAGCUUUUUUAUUAUCUCAAUGUAUAUAUGUGCUUUGCCUGUAAGUAUAUCCAUGCACUACAUGUAUGCCUAGCGUGGGCAGAGGACAGAAGGGGUCAUCAGAUCCCCUGAUGUGUAGUUACAGACCAUUGUUAACUGUUGCACUUGAGUUGGGAAGUGAACCUUGGUCCUCUGGAAGGGCAAACAAUGGUUUUACACAAUAAAUCAUGUCUCCACCCCUGGUCAAAAAUGUAAUAAAACAUUUGUCUUGUUCAACAUCCAAAAAUUCAUAAUAUGGCAGGUGUGGUGGUACACUUCUUUAUUCCAAGCACUCAGGGUGCAGAGGUAAGAAGAUGUCUG